GUUCCUCCGCGCUGCGCUAAGGUCAUUGCUGUCAUUCGGUAGCUAACCAGCCGAAGGAAGCGGAGGAGAUCCGGCAAGGAAGGUGCAGGAACGAACCGACUAAACAAGCAACAUGUCCCUGUCUAACAAACUCACCCUGGACAAGGUGGACGUCAAGGGGAAACGCGUCGUUAUGAGGGUUGACUUCAACGUUCCGAUGAAGGACAAGCAGAUCACCAACAACCAGAGGAUCAAGGCGGCUGUUCCCAGCAUCCAACACUGCCUGGACCACGGGGCCAAAUCCGUCGUGCUGAUGAGCCACCUGGGUCGCCCCGACGGGAACUUCAUGCCUGAGAAAUACUCUCUGGAGGCCGUCGCCGCCGAGCUCAAGACCCUGCUGGGGAGGGACGUCACCUUCCUGAAGGACUGUGUGGGUGCCGAGGUGGAAGCCGCCUGCGCCAACCCCGCCGCCGGAUCGGUCAUCCUGCUGGAGAACCUCCGCUUCCACGUCGCCGAGGAGGGAAAAGGCAAAGACGCCUCCGGGAACAAGACCAAGGCCUCGCAGGCAGACAUCGACUCCUUCAGGGCGUCUCUUUCCAAACUGGGAGACAUUUACGUGAACGACGCCUUCGGCACGGCCCACAGAGCCCACAGCUCCAUGGUGGGAGUGAACCUUCCUCAGAAGGCAGCCGGUUUCCUGAUGAAGAAGGAGCUUGACUACUUCGCCAUGGCUCUGGAGAAACCGCAGAGGCCUUUCCUGGCCAUCCUCGGAGGAGCGAAGGUGAAAGAUAAGAUCCAGCUGAUCAACAACAUGCUGGAUAAAGUGGACGAGAUGAUCAUCGGCGGAGGAAUGGCCUUCACCUUCCUCAAAGUCCUCAACAACAUGGAGAUCGGCACCUCUCUGUUCGAUGAGGAGGGAGCCGGCAUCGUCAAGGACCUGAUGGCCAAAGCAGAGAAGAACGGCGUCAAGAUCACGCUGCCCGUCGACUUCGUCACCGCUGACAAGUUUGAUGAGAAAGCGGCCACCGGCACUGCAACCGUCGCCGGCGGCAUCCCCGCGGGCUGGAUGGGUUUGGACUGUGGACCAGAGAGCUCAAAGGCCUACGCCGAGGCCGUGGCCAGAGCCAAGCAGAUCGUGUGGAACGGCCCAGUCGGCGUCUUUGAAUGGGACAACUUUGCCAAAGGGACAAAGAACCUGAUGGACAAAGUGGUCGAGGUGACCAAAUCGGGCUGCGUCACAAUCAUCGGUGGGGGCGACACUGCAACCUGCUGCGCCAAGUGGAACACAGAAGAUAAGGUCAGCCAUGUGAGCACAGGAGGCGGCGCCAGCCUGGAGCUGCUGGAGGGUAAAGUCCUGCCAGGUGUGGAUGCACUGAGCAGCGCCUGAACUUCCCAUCAGCCCGCCUGUGUGUGUGUGUGUGUGUGUGUGUGUGUGAGAGAGAGAGAGUGAGUGUGUAUGAGAGGAGUGUUGCUACUCUGUCAGACUCCAGUUUACUCCUGAAACCUCCUCAAUGUGCAAGAAAACCCCAAAACAACUCAUGCGUCCUCUAGCUGCCAUUUCCUGUUGAGUCCAGUCUUUGUUUUAACAAGUCGAGUCUGCUGCCUUACUGCAACACAACACGUCAAACUGCAGGAGGUCCGAGCCUCACUGACGGCCCACAUGGCUGCUGAAGGUGGAAGCUGUUGGGUUUUGUUUUGGGGUUUGGUUUUGUCUUUGCUGAGAUGAUGAAUUGGACCUGCUGAGCGGAUGAGUGAACCAUCUGACGUGACUCUGGGCUCAGUCUGGGUUCAAUGCGAGCGUCCCCCUCAGCUGAUCACUGGCUCCUGUGUGGUGUGAAUGUGUGUGUUGCUGCGUCACUUUUGCCUCUCCACCCUGAGAACGUCACUGCACCGCCCUCGGAGGGCACACACACAGUAUAUAUGUAUAGAAACGGUUCAUGUGAUGUGGUGUGUGUGUGUGUGUCGACCUUCUCUUUUCUGUGUGUUCGCACUAACGUCAGCUCUGGCCCUGAGCAGCUGAUGUGUUCAGGAUAAUAAAAGCAUCUGUGUGUGAAAA